CGCCCCGCCCGGAGGUCCCGCGUGGAGCUGCUGCCGCUGGGGAGGAGGAGGAGGAGGAGGAGGAUGAAGGACAAACAGAAGAGGAAGAAGGAGCGCACGUGGGCCGAGGCCGCGCGCCUGGUAUUAGAAAACUACUCGGAUGCUCCAAUGACACCAAAACAGAUUCUGCAGGUCAUAGAGGCAGAAGGACUAAAGGAAAUGAGAAGUGGGACAUCCCCUCUCGCUUGCCUCAAUGCUAUGCUACAUUCCAACUCAAGAGGAGGAGAGGGUUUGUUUUAUAAAUUGCCUGGCCGAAUCAGCCUUUUCACUCUGAAGAAGGAUGCCCUGCAGUGGUCUCGAAAUGUGGCUGCAGUGGAUGGAGAAGAGCCAGAGGACUCGGCUGAUGUGGAGAGCUGUGGGUCCAAUGAAACCAGCACUGUGAGUGGUGAAAAUGAUGUGUCUCUUGAUGAAACGUCUUCAAAUGCAUCCUGUUCUACAGAAUCUCAGAGUCGGCCCAUCUCCAACCCUAAGGAUAGCUACAGAGCUCCCUCACAGGCAAACAAACAAAAGAAAAAGACUGGGGUCAUGCUGCCACGAGUUGUCCUGACUCCUCUGAAGGUAAAUGGGGCCCACGUGGAAUCUACAUCAGGGUUCUCGGGCCGCCAAGCCGAUGGCGAGAGCCGUAGCCCAUCCAGCGGCAGCAGCGGCUCUCUGGCCCUGGGCAGCACUGCUAUUCGUGGCCAGGCUGAGGUCGCCCGGGACCCUGCCCCACUCCUGAGAGGCUUCCGGAAGCCAGCCACAGGUCAAAUGAAGCGCAACAGAGGGGAAGAGGUAGAUUUUGAAACACCUGGGUCCAUUCUUGUCAACACCAACCUCCGUGCUCUGAUAAACUCACGGACCUUUCAUGCCCUGCCAUCACACUUCCAGCAGCAGCUCCUCUUCCUCCUGCCUGAGGUGGACAGGCAGGUGGGGACAGAUGGCCUUUUGCGCCUCAGCAGCACUGCACUGAAUAAUGAGUUCUUCACCCAUGCCGCUCAGAGCUGGCGAGAACGCCUUGCUGAUGGUGAAUUCACUCAUGAGAUGCAAGUUAGGAUACGACAGGAAAUGGAGAAAGAAAAGAAGGUGGAACAAUGGAAAGAAAAGUUCUUUGAAGACUACUAUGGACAGAAAUUGGGUUUGACCAAAGAAGAGUCAAUGCAGCAGAACAUGGGCCAGGAGGAGGCCAAAAUCAAGAGCAGCUUGUGUGUCGCAAGAGAAUCAGCACGGCCACAGCGUGGUCCAUCUGCCCGCCAACGGGACGGGCAUUUUAAGAAACGCUCUCGCCCAGAUCUCCGAACCAGAGCCAGAAGGAAUCUAUACAAAAAACAGGAACCAGAACAAGCAGGGGUUGUGAAGGAAUCAAAAUCUGUAGCUCCAGAUGUUGCACCGCCUAAUGACGAGGAAUCUAAGACCAACUCAGCAGGGAUGAGCUGUGCCCCUGGGCCAGGUGUGUCCUCUGCAGCACCCAACCCAGAAAGUCACAAGUGCCCAGGCGAACCUGUGUCUUCCCGGAUCCAAGCAGAACCGGACAACUUGGCACGCACCUCUGUAUCUCCAGACAGAAUUCCCAGCUUACUUCAGGACACUGUGGAUCAGGAGCCAAAAGAUCAGAAGAGGAAAUCCUUUGAGCAGGCAGCCUCUGCGUCCUUUCCCGAAAAGAAGCCCCGGCUUGAAGAUCGUCAGUCCUUUCGUAACACAAUUGAAAGUGUUCACACCGAAAAGCCACAGCCCACUAAAGAGGAGCCCAAAGUCCCGCCCAUCCGGAUUCAACUUUCACGUAUCAAACCACCCUGGGUGGUUAAAGGUCAGCCCACUUACCAGAUAUGUCCCCGGAUUGUCCCCAUCACGGAGUCCUCCUGCCGGGGCUGGACUGGUACCAGGACCCUCGCAGACAUUAAAGCCCGUGCUCUGCAGGCCCGAGGGGCAAGAGGCCACCACUGCCAUAGAGAGGCAGCCACCACUGCCAUCGGAGGGGGGGGUGGCCCGGGUGGAGGUGGCGGCGGGGCCACCGAUGAGGGAGGUGGUAGAGGCAGUGGUGAUGGUGGUGAGGCCCGUGGCCACUCUGAACCCAGGGGAGUCCCAAGCACCCCUGGAGAGAGUGCGUCAGAUCUACAGCGAACACAACUACUGCCGCCUUGUCCUCUGAACGGGGAGUGCACUCAGACUGGACCUGCCAUGUCCACAGCCAGGAGAGAGGAUCCGGGUUCUGUCAGAAAGGAGGAGAGCUGUCCACUGCAGAGGGUCCCCGGUGUAUUCACGAGUGAGCUAGAAGAUGCCUCCCAGCCCCCCGUUGCUCCCACUGGGGACCAGCCAUUCCAAGCUUUACCCCCACUGUCUUCUCAAACCCCAGUGAUUGGGAGGUUAGUGGAGCUGCCUGAGUUGCAUCUAGGCAGCAGAACUGAGUGUGAGUCUGGUUCCGCUUCCUGCAAAAGGGGUGAUGGGGAGCAAGGAGGUAGCUCUCCCCCAGAGAGUGGGCCUGUACUGUCUAGAGUGGGCAGUAGUACAUUCGAAGAAGGAACUGAUCAGGCUUUUGAUAACAGUCCCACUACGAAAGAUCCUGUAAAUGUGAUUGCUGCUUCUGUCCCUGAGUUGUCACUGGCUGGCUGCCAGCAGGACAGGUCUGCUGACAAUGAAGUUGGACUUGGUGACUCGGGUCCACUCACUAGGGGAAGUGACAGUAGGCAAGAAGCUUUGAAGCUCGAGGCUCUAACACUGAACAACACUGCUCCCUGGGGGCACACACUGUCAACUUACGAGGUAGUGAAGCAGUCUGAGCCAGAAUCCAGGCAAAAUGCACCAUCUGUGCAGCCCCAGGUUGGAGUAGAGUGGGAGAGAGCUGCUCCCCUCAGUGAUGUCACAUCUGAGGUGUCAGUAGCCAAGGAAGGUAGGGCUCCCCCUGAAAGCUGUGCUUCACUCUGGGCAGCACCACCUAGAGGAGGCAUGCCCAUCCCUGGCAGCAACAGCGAACGGGCAGACAUGGAAGAGGUGAGAGUUAAUGGCAGCUCUGAAACACCGAGUCCUCACAGUGAGUCCACAGACACAGCAUCUGACUUCGAAGGCAACCUUACUGAGGACAGCAGUGAGGCUGACACUGUUGAAACCACGGCAGCAAAGGGAUCUUUGGUGGACGAGGAUAAAAAGCCUGGCCGCAGCCGCUCCACCUCGGCAUCCACAUUGAGCGGUGACUUGAAUCUGGUUACAAGGACAGAGGGCAUGACUGCUGCUCAGAGCUGGGUCUCUAGAGUGUGUGCAAUCCCCCCCAAAGCCCCAGACUCCUUGUUGUCUAGUACUGAGCACCAGCUGAGACCAGUGGGCCUGCCUGGGCCUGGGUCUUCAGUGGAGGCCACCAACCCACUGGCGAUGCAGUUGCCGCAGGGUAACUUGACCCUUGACAAGGUCCUUCCUCCAAGCCGCAGGGGCAGCCCAGCAGAACCUCCACGACUGCCGCUCCUGAGAGAGCAAGGCCGGGCCCCCAUGGAUGAGGGAACGCGGCAUGGUCCUGGGGAGACCCGUCACCCGGGUGACAGAAGCAGCCCCGGUUCUGUAGAAGCACUGAAGGAGCCGCCUCUACUGGGCCAGGGCUGUGCGCCAAGCACUGGUCUUGGUAGGGCAGAGGCCACUCCAACUCCUGGAACACCCAAGACUUCCAAGAAGGACCCAAGUUUAGACUCCUUGCAUCCAAUGACAGCUCUGAUGCCCUCCUCUGGAAAUCUGGACAAAGUGGACUCCAAAGAGCAUUUCUCUUCCUUUCCUUGUGCAGAGAAGAAGGAAGCCCGGGUUCUGUCCCAGAGCAGUGACCCAGGUGCUGCUCCAGGCCAGCGACCUCAGGACCCCACAGCCUUGAGAUUGUCAUCUCGCUCUUCCCCAGAUGUGCUCUCUGGUCCUGAGCAGACAGCGGAGGCCCUGGGUGACCACAGCAGUGCUCAAGGCCCAGAGAAGAAGCUCUUUGGCCCUAGGAACAUGGCUGCCACCCUUCAUUGCCCCAGACCUGCUGACCCAACACCCCUGCCGGCCGAGGUCCCUCCAGUCUUUCCUAGUAGGAAAUUAGGGCCAAGUAAAAACUGUGUGUCUGAUGGAGCACAGACUGCAAGGGAAGACUGGGCUCCAAAGCCACCACCUGCCUCUGCUGGCAGUGUAAAGACUGAGAAGACCUUCUCAAGGGGUCCCCUUAAGGCAGAUGCAGAGAACAGAAAAACCGGUGGGCGCAGUCCUCUGGAAGUGGUGGGUCACCUACAAGGGAUGCCCUUUGUCGUGGACCUGCCUUUAUGGAAAUUACCCCGAGAGCCAGGGAAAGGGCUCAGUCAGCCCCUUGAGCCUUCUUCCAUCCCCUCCCAACUAAACAUCAAGCAGGCUUUUUAUGGGAAGUUUUCUAAACUCCAGCUGAGUUCCACCAGCUUUAAUUACUCCUCCAGCUCUCCCACCUUCCCCAAAGGCCUUGCUGGCAGCGUGGUGCAGCUGAGCCACAAAGCAAACUUCGGUGCGAGCCACAGUGCAUCCCUCUCCCUGCAGAUGUUCACCGACAGCAGCACAGUGGAAAGCAUCUCUCUGCAGUGCGCGUGCAGCCUGAAAGCCAUGAUCAUGUGCCAAGGCUGUGGAGCAUUCUGUCAUGAUGACUGUAUCGGACCCUCAAAGCUCUGUGUAUUGUGCCUUGUGGUGAGAUAAUAAAUUAUGGCCAUUGAAAAAAAUGUAUAUUUAGUGUGUGUAUUUUGAUAAUGAUUGAUCUUAAAUCUGUAUACAGAAUAUCAUUGAUAUAAUGGACUUUGCCUCUCUAGGUAAGAUAAUCUUGCCUCCCCCUAAAGUUUAUAGUGCUAAAACCCUCUGUCACUUGUCAAUCUUCUUGGUCUUGCUAGAGGGGCUUUCUGGGGGGCAUCCUGUGGGGUUGCCCAAGACUAGCCAGACCGAACCCCCUUGGCAGACAGAGCUUGAUGUGGCAGGGAGCUGUCUGACAUCCAGAUGGACUUGAAACUGAAGCAGAAGGUUGGGUCUCCGCCCUGGAACACGCUGCCUGAACUCGGCACGAACGUCAGUCUUCCACUGCCCUUGCUGCCAUCCUUUCUUCUGCUACUUUGGGGAGUUGAUGGUUGGGGGAGCCACACAGGUUAAAGUAGCUCCCGUCAUGGGGAUCAAACAUUGCUGACCUCAGCAUCAAUCACACUUACCGGAGCCGACCUGACCUUUGCUUCUGGUGCUGCGCCCAGUGUGGAACUGUGUCGUCUCUCGCCUACCACAGAUCCACAGAUUCUUCAGAAGCUUGAAUUGCCCUGCGUGGACAGCAGGGUCUGAAACUAGGGCCAUCUCCUAUGGAAAUGCUGUCUGUAGACCUUGUGAGUCAACUGUACAGACGUAUGCAGGUGAUUCCUCUGCUUGUCACCGCCCACCCCAUCACAUCAGAUCUAUGGGAGUAGGUCUCCAUGCACUUGUGUACGUGAAAGUCAUUUUACAUUUCCAAGCAGUGUGUUUCUUAUUUUUAUAUUUUUAACUCUUUAUUCUUGGAUGUAUAAAGUGAACUUUUUGGCUUCUGUAAGUAUGCUCUAUGCACCUCUAAUGUUUUAUCCUGUAUUUAUAUGUUGUACACAGUACUGGCCAAUUCUGUAAAUGGAUGUAUUGUACAGAGAACAUGAAUGUCUCUUCCUUAUUUUACGUCUUGGGCAUCAUUGCAUUAAAGCGGUGUAGUUUACUUCUGUACACCGAUUGUCAGAGCCACUGAGUGCUGUGCUACCUGAUGCAAGAGGGAAGUGACUGACUCGUGAUCUAUAGUUGGCCUGUGCCUUGUCACCUGUCACCAGGGGAUCUACCACGGCCUCCAGCACCGCGGACAACCUGCUCACACACCACUGAGCGAACACUUUUGCUCCUUGUUUCUAUUCCCUCUUGCAGUUUUUAAUGGCUGUUGGCUGCCAUAUGUGACAAACCACCAACAGUGUUAAGUGCUUCUCGAUUCAUGGGUGAGUUCCUUGGGCAGCCCCCAGGCAGGCCUACUGGAUCUGGCUCCAGGGUUAUCACCUGUCAAAGCAAUACUGGGGACCACUGGACUCCUUUUGACUUACUUUUGACAGUAGGGUUAGGAAGAAACAAGCCAUGCCUGCCUGCUACCUGCCUCUCCCACCAUUCCCAGCAUUAGGCACUCCUGUAUUUGACCUCAUCCCAUUUUGUAUCUGUGCUUAAUGCAGAGUGGAGAGUCCUUGUUUAAAUUAGAUCUGUGUCCCUGUGCGAGGGCUUCUGUGUGAAGUAUAAGAUCUGUAUGCCUUGGGCAAGUCUCAUCUGAAAGUUUCUCCCCUCCCAAUUUAUUCUGAGGUAGCUUUUGUGGGGGUGGGGCUCAUCUGAAGCAUGGGUGAGAAGUUGGCAAUGAUGUGAUUUGAAUUCAGUAUUGGCCGAGUCCAAAUUCACAGCUCAAGAGUCAGUUUACCAAAGGCCACGAGCAGGGUCCCAAGCAUGUCCAGUCCUCUUCCUCCUGGGGCUUCUGGCGCCUCAGACACGCAACUCGACGCCGGUCUGGUCUGUGCGCUGCCCGGAGAAAAGCACUGCUCUUGUAUGUCUCUUUGGUAUUGGAAAAAUAAACCUGUACAACCUGCA